GUAACUCAGUCUGCUGCUGCCCCUGGGCGUGGGGCGAAUUCCAGGUGGUUGGAUCUGGAUCGUUUGUGCUGCUGCCACCCGCGAGCGGCACCCAAAUCGCGGGAAAGGAGCUCUCAGUAAAACAUGUCGUGGAUCAGAGAGGGCGAGCUGACCAUCAUAGAGAGGUUCUGUGCCAACAUCAUUAAGGCAGGUCCAAUGCCCAAGCACGUUGCCUUCAUCAUGGAUGGCAAUCGCCGGUACGCCCAGAAGUGUCACGUGGAGAGACAGCAGGGACAUUCCCAGGGCUUUGAUAAGCUGGCACAGACGCUGCGGUGGUGCUUGAAUCUGGGCAUUCGGGAGGUGACAGUUUAUGCCUUCAGCAUUGAGAACUUCAAACGCUCCAAGGAGGAGGUGGAUGGGCUCAUGGACCUGGCCAGACAGAAGUUCAGCCGCCUCCUGGAGGAACAGGAGAACCUGAAGAAGCAUGGGGUGUGCAUCCGUGUCCUCGGGGACCUGCCUCUCCUGCCUGUGGAUAUCCAGGAGCUGAUUGCCCAAGCUGUGCUGGCAACCAGGAACUACAACAAGUGCUUUCUGAAUGUCUGCUUUGCAUACACAUCGAGACAUGAAAUCAGCAAUGCUGUCAGGGAGAUGGCCUGGGGGGUGGAACAAGGACUGCUGGAACCCAGUGACGUGUCUGAGUCGCUGCUGGAUAAGUGUCUGUACACCAACAACUCCCCCGACCCAGACCUGCUGAUAAGAACCUCUGGAGAGGUUCGCCUCAGUGAUUUCUUGCUCUGGCAGACAUCCCAUUCAUGCCUGGUUUUUCAAUCAGUCUUGUGGCCAGAAUAUUCCUUUUGGAACUUGUGUGAGGCUAUCCUUCAGUUCCAGAUGAACUACGGUGCUUUACAGAAGGCCAGAGACUCCUACAUGGAGGAGAGGAGGCGACAGCAGAUGGAGAGGGAUCAGGCUUACGUGACCAAGAAGCUGCAGCAGGAAGGGUGCGCGUCCCACGGAGACUCGCGGCGCCGGCGGACUCUGCUGCAAAAAUGCACGGCCCUGCGGGAGGAGAGGAUCCAGGGCUUCCUGCAGGCGCUGGAGCACAAGAGAGCAGACUUCUUUGAGAGAUUGUGUACGGUGUCUGCAUGACACAGGUGCUGGGCUCUGGGAAAGACAGUGUUCAGAGGGAGCAGCUGCUGCCCGGAGGGAUUGGCUCGGUGGGGUCCCGCCGUGGGCAUCCAGGGCUGCUCCAGGACCUCGCGUCCUGCUGGCCCUGCCCGGGGCAGGGGUGGGUACUGUGAGCUCUCCCUGUCUGUGGUGCUGCUGAGGAAGGUGGUGCCGUCCUGUGUCGCCUCCCUGCCCCGGUGACAGAUACCUGCCUCCUGCUGGUCUCUGCUGCUCAGUCCUUGACAGGCCAGGUGUUCGGUGACAAGAAGUUAACUGCGAUGAGCCUCCUCCCGUUCUCUGAUUCCUCCUGAACUGGCCCAGCCAAACCAGUUCAGUCCUGUUAAAUCAGUCUGGGCUCGGAUUGUUUCCGUGGCUUUGCAGUGGGGAAUCUUCUGUUGAGAUUUCCUCUGCUGUCCCAUCAAGGGAGCCUUGCUUUCUGCAGGGAGAGGAUUAUUCUUGGUGUCAGGGACAUUCCCCACUGCCUACUCGGUAAGAGCAUCUUGUCUUUUCCCCACCUGACUCUGCUGGGUUGGAUGUAUCCACUCUUGGUUUCCAGAGAGCUAAAGGAAGGGUUUCCAGCCCUGCUGUAAAGAAAAAAAGAUGCUCCAAAAGCUUCAGCAGGUUCUGAGAUCUCUCCUGAGCAGUGUGUGUGGGGAAAACCCAGAUGCAGAAGGUGCUGGUGUUGGACCAGACUGACCUUGGGAAAGGCUCUGAGCAGGCAGUGAAAAAGGAUGGGUUGGGAAUGAACCUUCUGUCUUAGAAAGGGAAGGAAAUUGGCUAAACCCAGGUGAUGGGUACCAUGUGUCAAACCCUCUGAGGGAGUUCCAGGGAAUGAGGGUGGGCUUAAUUCAGGAAUACUGUAGCCAAAACCAACCUCUGACCCCAGCCAAAAUGGUUCAGAAGGGCUGUUUGGCUGAUUUUAAUGGGAGUGGCCAGAGCAGCUGUGGAGUAUUAUUUAUUCUCAGUUUUCCAUUGGCAGGGAGAGGGACAAGCUGAUUUCCAAGAUUGUUUCCAUCUCUUUAUUUCUCCUGGCUUCCGUCCCCAUGAUCAAAAAACCUGAAAAUGUGUUGAUUUUUGCUCCUGAUGCACACACAGGUGUGGCAGUACCAGCUGUUGCUGGGUUUGAAGUGUUUCUUCUUACCUCCAGGUGAAAACCACAAAAUGCAGAUUUAAAAGACUUGUAAGUGCUGCACACUGAGCACUUGGCCUGUGAUUGUGAAGUGUGUAGUAAAACUGGGAAUAAAGUAUAUUCAUACCAAAGUUAUUUUUAAAAUAACCUGAAUGUUUAAAAGUAUGUAGAGCUGUUUAUUUCAAGGUGUGAUGAAGUUGGAAUCCAGGUUUAAUAUAAUAAUAUUUAACCUGU